AUGAGUGACUAUCGUGGGCCGAAAUUUGUGGGCAUUAUGGGCCAUGAUAAUGUCAGUCAUAAUGGUAGCAAGACGACUGUCUACUUUGUGCAAGUACAGGUGCCUGAGGGCAUGUUUAUUGUCCGACAUCGAUACCAUGAGUUUAAAGACUUUUACGAUAAGUUAUCAAGUGAAGGAUAUCGUUGUCCAGUUUUACCACCCAAGAAAUUCCUUGGGAAUAACAAUAAAGAAUUUAUUGAAAAACGACAGCAGGAAUUGGCCAAUUGGCUACAUCUUUUAUGUCAAUACGAUCCAGCAUCUGGUACUUCUGAUCCUCGUACAUCCGAGCUCUUUAAAGAGUUUAUGUUAACAAACAAAGAGCCUUUGGAAAAGUAUCAGGAAGCUAAAACUUUAUCGUAUGAUGCUGCUACACCUCCAACAUCACAAUCCUCGGAGGCUGAUAGUGAAACGGGAUUAUACAAUACGCCCAAGACUACGCUGGAUGAUUUUGAGCUGCUUAAAGUCAUUGGAAAAGGCUCGUAUGGCAAAGUGACGCUCGUGCGCAAGAAAGAAGGCAAUCGUUUGUUUGCUAUGAAAUCUCUCAACAAGUCCAAUGUGAAACGUCGUAAUCAGGUCGAACACACACGCACGGAACGGCGUGUAUUGGGACGUGCGAAACACCCGUUUAUUGUGCAUUUGCACUACGCUUUCCAGACGUCGCAGAAACUCUACUUUGUACUGGACUACUGCCCUGGUGGUGAAUUAUUCUUCCAUCUAUCACGGAUGGAGAAGUUUGAGCCAAAUAUGGCUCGAUACUACUGUGCUGAAAUUACAUUGGCACUGGAACACCUGCACGAUUUGGGCGUUGUCUACCGUGAUCUUAAGCCGGAGAACAUCUUAUUUGAUCCCGUCGGCCACGUUUUGCUUGCCGACUUUGGACUUGCUAAGGAGGGCAUUACCGAUGGCGCGGAGGGCACGAACUCCAUGUGCGGUACGCCCGAGUAUUUGCCUCCCGAGAUUCUGGACCGUGUGGGACACGGCACGGCUGUGGAUUGGUGGGCGAUGGGCAUGGUCCUGUACGAGAUGCUGACGGGCUUGCCUCCUUGGUACACUCGCAACCGUCAAAAGCUGUUUGACCGUGUGCGUAAUGCCCCUCUCACGUUCCCGGACGAAGUCGACCCUGUGGCUCGCGACUUUAUCGGUGGACUUCUCCGGCGCGACCCGAACAAGCGUUUAGGUAGCAAGAGUGCAGACGAGGUAAAGAACCACCCAUACUUCAGCACCAUAAACUGGCAGGAUCUGUAUGACCGCAAGAUCCCGCCUCCGUUCAACCCGUGCGCCACCGCGGGCAACGCUGAGGAGACAAAGAACUUUGAGGCAGAAUUUACCAAGAUGCAGAUCAACAGCGUGGAAAACUCGGCUUUGGGCAGCCUGCGUGUCUCGGACGCUUCACGCCCGUCCAUGACAUUCCAAGGCUUUACAUACAACACGCCUAACGACUUGUCCAUGAGCGGUUCUGUUGGCCAGGCCUAA